AUGAACGACUCGCAAGUCAAGCAGCAGAUCCAGCAGAUGGUCUCCUUCAUCAAGCAGGAGGCGGACGACAAAUCCAACGAAAUCCGCGUCAAGGCCGAGGAGGACUUCAACAUCCGCAAGCUGUCCGCCGUCGAGUCCGCGCGCGAGAAGAUCCGCGCCGAGUACGAGAAGAAGGUCAAGCAAAUCGACAUCAACCGCAAGAUCGCCAAGUCGACGGAGCAGAACGCCGCGCGCCUCGAGGUCCUCAAGGCCCGCGACAACAUCCUGCAGGAGACCAUGGACGGCGCCUCCAAGAAGCUCUCCGCCAUCCCCGCCGCAGACCCCGCCAUGUACAAGAGCAUCAUCAACGCCCUCGUCAUGCAGGGGCUCGUCGUCCUCGCCGAUGCCGACGUCGUCGUCCGCUGCCGCGCCGCAGAUAUCGAGCUCGUGGACGCCCUUCUCCCCUCCGUCACGGAGGAGUACGUCGCCACUAGCGGCUCCCCGGUCACCGUCAACCUGGACCGCAACACAUUUUUGGCAGACAGCUGCACUGGCGGCGUGGUGCUGCUGAGCCGGGGGGGAACUAUCGUCGUCGAGAACACUUUUGAGAGUAGACUAGAGAUUGCUUACCAGCAGAAUCUCCCCAAGAUCCGCGGCAUGAUGUUUGGAAACCCGUGA